UUUCAGAACCAUAGGGCCAAACUGCGCAGGAUGGGAAUGUUCAGAAAUAUCGAAGACUCGGAUUUUGAGCCACCCCCAAACUACUUAAGAGAUGCCCAGAUUCUUGGAAACCAAUUGAAUGCUCUCUGGAGAGGCGUGCCUUACGCAAUACCCAUGCUACACUUGAUGCCACCCAUUGCACCACCCAUGCCGCCACCUGUGCCGCCACCCAUGCCACCGCCCAUGCCGCCGCCCAUGCCGCCACCCAUGGUGCCGCCCAUGCCACGACCUCUGCUGCCACCCAUGGCUGCACCCAUGAUGCCAGCCUUGGUGCCACGUAUGGUGGUACCCAUGCUACCACGCAUGAUUAUGCCACCCAUGAUGCCACCUAUGAUGCUGCCCCAUGUAGCACCACCUAUGGUUCCACCAAUGGGACCAAUUAUCCCACUAGGUAUACCACCACGUAUAGCAGUACCUGUAGCUCCACUUGUAGUACCACGUGUAGUAGUACCAUGCUUAUUUCCACCUGGAGCUCCACCUGUGGCACCAUUUGUAGGCCCAAGCCCAAACGCAGCACUUGGCGCACCACCCCCUGGAGCUCCACCCGUGGCACCAUUUGUAGGCCCAAGCCCAAAUGCAGCACUUGGCGCACCACCACCUGUAGCUCUACCUCCAGCACCACUUAGAGUAGCACCCGCAGCUGCAGGCCCAGUCUCAGAUGUAGCACCCAAGGGCCAAAGUCAAGCCCUAGACGCAGCACCCGCAGCCACAGGCCCAGUCCCAGACACAGCACCUGCAGCCGUAGGCCCAGGCCCAGGCCCAGACGCAGCACCUGAAGGCCAAAGUCAAGCCCGAGACGCAGCACCCGCAGCCGCAGCAGCCGCAGCCACAAGCCCAAUCCCAGAUGCAGCACCCGAGGACCAAGGCCAAGCCCAAGACGCAGAACCCGCAUCCACAGGCCCAGUCCCAGACGCAGCACCUGCAGCCACAGGUUCAGUCCAAGAUGCAGUACCCGCAGCCACAGGCUCAGUCCAAGAUUCAGCACCUGCAUCUACAGGCCCAGUCCCAGAUGCAGCACCUGCAGCCGCAGGCCCAGUCCAAGAUGCAGCACCCGCAGCCACAGGCCCACGCCCAGACGCAGCACCCGCGGGCCAAGGCCAAGCCCAAGACGCAGCAUCCGCGGGCAAAGGCCGAGCCCGAGAUGCAGCACCCACAGCCGCAGACCCAGACGCAGCACCCGCAGACCAAGGCCGAAGCCGAGACGCAGCACCCACAGGUAAAGGCCGAGCCCGAGAUGCAGCACCCACAGGUAAAGGCCGAGCCCAAGACGCAGCACCCACGGGCAAAGGCCGAGCCCGAGACACAGCACCCACAGGUAAAGGCCGAGCCCGAGAUGCAGCACCCACAGCCGCAGCCCCAGAUGCAGCACCCGCAGACCAAGGCCAAGCCCGAGACACAGCACCUGCGGGCAAAGGCCGAGCCCGAGACACAGCACCCACAGUCGCAGACCCAGACGCAGCACCCGCAGGCCGAGGCCGAGACGCAGCACCCACAGGCAAAGGCCGAGACGCAGCACCCACAGGCAAAGGCCGAGCCCGAGACGCAGUACCCGGGGGCAAAGGUCGAGCCCGAGACGCAGCACCCGCGGGCAAAGGUCAAGCCCGAGACGCAGCACCCGCGGGCAAAGGUCGAGCCCGAGACGCAGCACCCACAGCCGCAGGCCCAGACGCAGCACCCGCAGACCAAGGCCGAGGCCGAGACACAGCACCCAAGGGCAAAGGCCGAGCCCGAAAAGCAGCAUCCGCGGGCCAAGGCCGAGCCCAAGACGCAGCACCCAUAGCCGCAGACCCAGGCCCAGAUGCAGCACCUCCAGACCGAGGCCGAGGCCGAGAUGCAGCACCUGCAGGCAAAGGCCGAGCCCGAAACGCGGCACCCGUGGGCCAAGGCCGAGCCCGAGAUGCAGCACCCGCAGCCGCAGACCCAGACGCAGCACCCGCAGACCAAGGCCGAGGCCGAGACGCAGCACCCACGGGCAAAGGCCGAACCCGAAAUGCAGCACCCGCAGCCGCGGCACCCGCAACCUCAGGCCAAGGCCAAGCCCAAGAUGCAGCACCGUCUUCACAUCAGCACAAUAAAUGAUGGCCCACAGAGCUCCCAUCAGACCCAUCUCUGCCUCCUCUGGAUCUAGUCACAGUUGAAAGAAAAAGACAACCAGAUCCAAAUCCUUCUGUUUAAGCAUCAUAUCAGUCUUGCAACCACUCUUUGACUAUAAGGAUAGAAACAAGUUUUACCCAUUGGCAAGGAAAACCACCUACAUUGAGUCCUUCCAUAUGACACCCACAUUGAGUCCUUCAAUACGAUACCCACAUUGAGUCCUUCUAUAUGAUACCCACAUUGAGUCCUUCCCCAUAUGACAUCCAUAUUGAGUCCUUCCAUAUGAGACCCACAUUGAGUCCUUCCAUCUGGCCAAUUGGGCCAGGGCAGGACAUGGAAGCAGGAACAACACUACUGUGGGUUACUGAUUUAAAAAAUAUAUAUAUAUGAGAUUGGGUUGUAAAAAGGCCCAAAGCCAUUCAUUCCCUGUAAAGAAUUGGCAUAUAAAGAGAGAAUUUUGGUUGUUAAAAGCAAGAGUUGAUAUCCAACAGCAGAGAUGAGAGUCCCAAUAUCAAGGGUUUUGUUAAAAUAUCAGUUCAGUUUUACAAAGGUACAUAUGAGAUCUCUGAGAAACAUAAUAUUACUAGCUUUCAAACAUACUGCACACUAAAGCAGAUAAACCAAUGAAAUCUCAAUUCAGAAAAGUGAUUUCGUGAUCAAUUUGUAAGAGAAAGCAUUAAAUGUUUUGAAAAGAUCUAAGUUUACUUGGUUCCCAUAAGUUGUACCUGUAUUCUAAAAGUUAAAUAA